AUGGGCCCUGCCGGCGCGGUAUGCCUGGCACUGGGAGACCCGUAUUGGGUCGCGUCCUUCGCCUUCGCCUGGCGCACGGACGAGGGCGACGUGUUGGACCUACGCUUUGCGGCCCCUUCCACAGUCCAGCAGCUGGCGAGGCAGUCCGCCGUGCGCGCCAUGUGGCGGCGCUGGCCUACCACGCCCGACUCCGCGCCCGAGCUGGGCCCCGUGUGCUGGCAACCGCAAGGGUGCUGGCUGGAGCAGCUGGCAGCGAUGUUGCACAAGCCCACCGCCCGCUGGAGGCUCUCAGAAUCUGGCGCCGGCGCCGUGCGGUCUCUCGUCGCGGGUGCCACCAGGUCCCAGGCUAGGCUGCACAUGUGCGGCUACGCGGCCGACGGGCUACGUCGACGAUGCUGGUCCGCGCCUGGCACAUGCGAGUCGUGCCAGCCCGAGCGGGAGUCGGCCUUGGACGGGGCCCUGCUCGACGGACUGCCACGCAUCAUGCAGAACGACCCGCGCUGGGCGCGCCUGCUGGUUCCGCUGCCCUCGCUACCCAGUCUCCCUCCCCGCGACGACAGCGGCUGCUGGCACGCGCUGCUCGCCGCCCCGGGCUUCAUCGUCACAGGCCUCGUCUACGUUCUGCUGGUGGCCAUUCCGCCUUUCCGCAUCCACGCGGAUCACCUGGAGGUUAUCCUCGGCCUGGCGCGUGGGCGCGCGUGGGCGCCCUGCCCCGGGCGCUCGAAUGCCGAUCUGUGGGUGCAGCUGUGGGCCAAGUUGAAUGACCACGGCGGCCUCUCCUCGGACGUGCGCAUCGUUCACGUCCGUUUGCGCCAGCACGGCAACGACCAGCAUCGGCAUGGCAACGACUGGGCGGACGUGCUCGCUCGCUUGGGAUCGGGGCUCCACUGCUUCACGGACCAGCGUAAGGUGGAGUCCAAGCUUCUUCUUCGACGCCUUCGUCAGACGGUCUGCUGGGUGGCAGCGGUGCACGACGGCCUGAU